GUGGAUCCUGGUUAAUGAGCCUUUCUGAGGUCGAGGAAGACAUGAGGUGAGUUUCAGUUUUGAUUAAAUGUUUUCUUUUUAGUUCCCAGAUUAAAUCCGUCAGACUGUAAAAAAAAACUUGACCUUUUAAUAUAAUUCAAAUAAAACAACAAAUGUUUGAUUUUUGAAGCUCAUGAUGAAUAACUGUAGCCUGAAGAAGUUGUUGUGUGUUGUGCUCACUUCCUCACAGAUUAGAUUCUUAAUCCAGAUUUGUCAGACUCCUAAAAGUUUGUCCUUCAUUAAACUGUAUAACCAGGUUUUUAAGAGACAUUAGAGAAUUUUAUUUUGUUUUUAUCCUGUUUGUCUUUCCUUGUGUUAAAUGUGUUUUAACAGGUUCAGCCUAAAUACAGAAAACUAAACAAGAAAGGUUGUUUCGAUAAGAACAGAGUCACUGCUAAUGGCACAUAAAAACAAGGAACAGAAACAAAACACCUUUAAUCCAGUGGGUGAUUACUGUAUCUACAUUCAUGGAUCUCUAAAUUAUACUGCAAUGUGAUUCUCUGCAAAGUCAUAACCAUGGGUUAUAUUCAUUCAGUAGUCUCAUGUUUGUGAGGAAUAUUUUUAUCAGUGAGUUAUCUGAUUCACUAUAUUUUAUUCAAAUGUCAAAAUGAAAAUAAUCAGAAGAUUAAAAUGCAGCAAAACAAACAGCUGUAGAUUAUAAUGCAUGUUUGUUCAGCAGGAUUCAAAUAAUAUGUAUUUAACUUACUCAACAUUUACUUAUAUCAUAUCUUGUGUAAACCUGUCCUGCAUCGCAGUGUCAUCACCUAGUAGUUUCCCAAGAGGCCUCGUGAAUCCUAAAGAUGUCAUUUAACAGUGGAGGAGCUAGAUGUUUUUUGCCAACCCCAAUUCUAGUGGCUGUCUCCAAUAAUCACAUCUGCUUUAAUCUCUAACAUGAGAGGGAUAAAAAAAAUGUGACAUAACUGUAUGAUUUCUAACUAUGAAGGUAACUUAACAGAGUGGCAACAUGAAAAUCUGCAAAAUGUUAUUCUAUUGUAAGUUCAAAAAGAAAAUAUUCGCAAAAAAAUCACAUUUAAAGUACCAAGUCCCACAACGGAAUGCAGAGAAGUUGUACUGGCUGACUUUUGAAAGUGAGCAUAGUGUAAAUUCAGGAAGGCUUCAUUGACCACACCCUCUUCUGGGUAAAAGUCAGAAUUUUCUGGUCUUUGUCAACUUUAUUAGCCUUGAACAAGAAAACUGUAUCUCUUAAUGGUUAUGAAGAGCCCAACUCUGAUUGCUUGUAAGGCAAAUAUAUAAACCACUUACUCGUAACAUUUGAAAAAAUGUUCUGUUUUUUAUAAAGAUACUCAGUUCUCUGAGGGGGAUGGAUGGUGGUCCUGUAAGGAAUCAGAUAGUUGCCUCCAGCCUUGUCAGAGCCUUUGUCAGCCGGCUCUGACAAAGCAAGUAACCAGUGAUGGUUCAAAAUUUCAGAGACCAAUUAUGAUUAUGUCUGCUGUAAAGUUCACCAUUUACUAUUGAGAUCUAUGAGGACUGACCCAUCUUAGGAGACAUCAUCUGGUGGACACUCAAGGAACUGCAGUUUUUUUGGACCACAACAUUUUUAUUCUUUAUCAUAAGAGGUAAAUGCUAAACCUGUAUGCGCCUCUAAUCAUCAGCUCCAGCUUACAGGAGGAGGUGCAGCAGCAGGAGGAGGAGGCUUCCCAGGAGAGCCAGCAGGAAGCGCUGGAUAGGGGGGAGCCCGGCAAGGAAGAGCUGCAGCAGGAGGAGGAGGUCCAGCAGGAGGCUCCGUAUCAGGUGGAGCACACAGAAGAAGAGAUCCAGCGGAUGGAAGAGGAGCUUCAUGAGGAGGUCCAAACAGAGGAAUUCCAGCAGGUUGAGACACACAAGGAGGUGCAGAAAGAGGAGGAGGUCCACAGAGAAGGGGGCCACAGUGACGAAGUCCAGCAGGCAGCAGCCAGUGUCAUUCAGCAGGCUUGGAGGAGACAUGUGGGAACUGCUGCUGGGGACACACACACUGACACACCCUCUGACACACCAUCUGAUACACAAUCUAAUACACCCUCUGAUACACAAUCUGAUACACACUCUGAUACUCACAUUGAUGCACCCUCUGAUACACACUCUGAUACUCACACUGGUACACACUCUGAUACUUACACUGAUGCACCCUCUGAUACACACUCUGAUACAUACUCUGAGACUCACACUGAGUAAAACCCUGUCUUCUUUACUUCUCCUCCUCUGUUAGAAGUAAAAUUAAGAAGUCAGAGGUUGAACAGUCUUCUGGGGUAGAAAACACUCUGAAAUUGAGUUUAUGUGUUGUUGGUAUGCUAAUGUUUUAACUCCAUUCAUGUUAGCGUGUAGCAUGAGGGGUAAUAAUGUCAAACUCAGAUUGAAGAUUAACCUCCUGUUAUCUUAACAAGUAGCUUGAAUUCAGCCUCAUAGAGGAUCACAUUAGCUGAUCAAGUUCAUUAUUAUUAUUAUUAUUAUUGUUAUUAUAAUUAUUGUAGGAACCAAUAUUGUGCAGAGAGCUCUACAAAAGAAAAAUGAUUGUUUGCCAAAUGAAGUGAAAUAAAAUAAGGUAAUAAAGAAAUUA